UGAAAGUAAUUAAACCCUCCAGCCCCCACUUACAACUUCCAUCUAACAUACAAACACGUACACAAGUUACAUAUUAAACUUAACUACCAUUAUAUUCUUAAUUCUUGAUAUAAUGUCUUUUUGAGAUUAUUUUAUCAUCAAUUGCAUCUCAUUGUUCAGGCAUUGGUAUUUCAAAUGGCAUCUACUCGGUCACCAUCGCCGGCCGAGGGCGUAUCUGCCCCUACGUCACCGCAAUUAUCACCUCGGUCUAAGAUCAAGGCCCUAUUAGCCACCGUAAAUGAUUCGGAUUCAGAUGACGAAUCUAGCCCUACGAUAGACACAAAGACUUUAUCUAAACCUACUAAUAAGGACAUUAUCACGAAUACCGAUGUCCAAACCCUACCAAAUGCAGAGGAAGAUAGUGAUGAUGAAGAAGAGGAGAUCGUUCGACCCCGAGGACGCCUCGCUGCGCGGAUGAGAGCAGAGGACGUAAAUGCGACAAACAACGCCAUAACCAGGAGCUCAAUUGAACCAACAAUAUCACAUACAGCCUCGGCGAAUCGCAAUGAGGAAAAUAGGGAAGCGGUGAACGCAGACGACGAUGACGAUGAAGAUGUCAGUACUCUACCGCGUAGGCGACUAGCUAGGCCCAUUCGAAGCUCUACUCCAGAAGUUGCAACAAAUACCGAAAUACCCUCCUCACCAGGUCUCUUCGUUACACCAGCCCCGGAGACACCGAUGGCACAUCGGCAACCUAAAACCGGAGCAGAAUCCGACACAGACGAUGAGUUGCCGGAAAACUUAGGGAAGAGUGAACGCUUCCUGGCCCUAGUAGCUAGGAAGCGGCAAGAGAGGCUUGCCAGGGAGGCUGAAGAAGAGCGCAAGCGAAAUGAGCGUGCCGAGCGAAUGGGCCAACAAGUGCCUACCGAAUCAGAUAUUGACGACGACGUAUCUGAUGUCACAGACGAUGACGGUGGUCGCAAACUCACUCAGGGGGUUUCCCGUCCCGCUCGCAAGGCUAGCAAGAAGGCUUUGGAAGAGAUGAACCGCGAAACGCAACGAUUAAGUCGAAGCAUGCAACUUGCUCACGAAGCGAAGACGAAGAAAAAGAUCACGAAAGCAUCUCUAUUCGAACGCUUCAAUUUCAGGACUGAGGCAGUGUCUACUAAAGCCAAGCCAAUAAGCUCAAGCAGACCAACAACACCCGGCUCGACACAACAAACGGAUGUUGAUAUGGCAGAUGCCGGAACCCCGCCCAGCUCUCCACCUCUUGCUCCGAAGGUCAUGGAAGCCCAUCUCGCUACACCUACAGCACCGAAUACUAGCGUAGAUCUAGACGACGUAUUCGGGGAUGAUGGCGAGUUACCUAGCUUAGAAGUUGCUUUAGCACAAACUAAAAAAGACAAGGGUAAAGGCAAGGCCGUUGACGUCUCAGACCAACUCACUGAGAUCAAAGGGGCCGCGGCGGGUAAACCAAAGCGUCAAAUCCGAGUCAAGCUGCCUCCAAUGCAAGGAAACCUUGUCACGAUAGAUUCUGACGACGAGCUUGAAAUUACCAAGCCGAAGAAGGGAAGAAUGGAUGCAAUAUUCGACAAGCUUCCCGAGAAGAACACACAGGAAUCUAAGUCUAUGGAUGUGCUGCGCCGCUUAGCUCAUCUCUCUUCUCCCCCGAAAGAAAUAUCAAGGGGCCGUAGGACCAAACCUUCCAUGACCCCUGCUGAACUCCAAAUGUCUCUACAGCAGCGCGCUAGAGCACAGGCUAAGUUAGAACGCGAGCGACGUCUCGAGUUCCUCAAAUCCAAAGGCAUCGCCGUACAAACUGAAGAAGAGCGCCAACGGGAAAGAGAGCAGGUCGAAGACAUUGUUGCCCGAGCUCGACAAGAGGUCGAAGAAAUCAUGCAGAAAGAACGUGAGGAUGCGAAGAAGGCACGUAAAGAGAGUAAGAAGAACGGUGAAAAUGAUCCUCUAGCUUGGGAUGAUAGUGACGACGAUAGCUUUGAGGACAGUGGAGAGGAGGAUCCUGCCGAGAUUGAGUUUUCUGGAUCGGAGGAAGAAAACGAAGGAGAGGACAAGGAGAUGGAUGAUGACGACAAUGAGAAUGAGGAUAAGCCCACAAUAAAUCCCAUGUUUGAGGAUGAAGCAGAGGAAGAUGGCGAGUCUGAGGAGGAGAGCACGCCAAAGGCCACUACAAAUGUAGUUUCUGAUGAUGAAGCCGACGUCGAGCUCCCGCCUGCGAGAAUCCGCAGGCCAAAGAAGCACGUUCAUAUCGUCUCAGAUGACGAGGACGAUGUUGAAGCAACUCCAAAACCUAAGACUCGUCACCCCAAAUCUCCGUCAGCCACCAACUCCUCCCCCAAGAUUCCUACGUCUGUCCUGCGCUCAGCCAGGAAGACAUUUAUUCCGGGGCUCCCUGUUCCCGCAGAUGGGCCUGCAGGCCUCGGGCUUACCCAGAUAUUCGCCGGUACAAUGGAUGACAGUCAAGCCGAACCAGCCAGCGGAUCUCCACAGAAGUUUAUGCCCAGUCUUGAUAGCUUCCCCGACUCCCAGUUUUCCGCCACAGCAGGCCAAUCUCAGGAUAACACAGUUCUCGACAGCCAGAAGUUGCACAAUAUGGAUACCCAAGCACGUGAAACACAGACACAAGGUGUCCAGUUACACUUCUCACAGUCGCAAGUACACGGCUUCGAUACCUUGAUGCAAAUGGACGGGACGCAAAUGUCAGAGCUCAUUGAGCCAACCCAGGACGGGGGCUUCCAGGACUUCUCUCCGCUCAAGCAGCGGUUUGUUGACGCGCCAGGAUCUACAGUCGACACCGUAUUAUUAGGUGGGACCCCUGACUUCGAAAAAGUCCAAGAAUCUCCUCUUGUCAGGAGGGGUAAGUUGAGACGAAGAGGCGAAAGUAUAGCCUCAAUUUCUACCUUGACGUCGACGACAAAUAUUCCUGCAAGUCCCAGCGCCGCUCCUAGCGCCCUACCUAUAGACGCUAAGGUAGACGCGAGCGCGUUCAGACUAAUGGAAAAGGCAGCUAGGAGGAAGAAGCGCAUGCAAGAGAAGUUUGAUAGGAAAAAGAGCAAGGCCAAUGAGAUGGUUGAGGAGCAAGCUGAGGAAUCUGAGGAUGAAUAUGCCGGACUUGGUGGAGCUGACGGUGAAGACUCGAGCGAAGAAGAUGAGGAGCUCGUUAAAGAAAUGAUAGACGACGUUACCAGCAACGAUGCUGACGCUGCUAAGCUGGCUGGUUUCUUUGCUGAUCGAGAACGAGCAGCCGAUGCAGCCCAGGUCGACAAACUGUUCCGAGAUAUCACAACCGGUAUGCUACGCAAGCGGCGCCGUGGCGGUGACAAUAACGACAUCGAUCUAUCGGAUUCUGACGAUGGGGGCGAGGCUCGGCGUCGUAUGAAGCGGCGACAGUUUGCCAAGAUGCAGAAGGCCCUAUUUGCAGACGAGCGUAUCGGAAAGAUCGCCGAAAACCCGCGCAACGCAGCGUUCCUCAAGAGCAUAGAGGACAGGAACAGCGACGAUGAGUGGGAUUUCGGUGAGAAUUUUGCAGACGGAGCUCCUGACAGCGCGGACAGCGAUAGUCAAAGUCAGAGCCAGGGACAAGAUGCGUCAGCAGCAGAGCAAUCGAUCCCGAACAGUCAACCUACGAACGGAGAUCGCAAACGCACGCACGCGGAUGAUCACGUAGCACGCGCGCCCCCGAACGCGCGACGUACUAGAGGAGGCAUUCGUCCCUCACCAAUUACCGAUAUCCGCAGGGAAUUAUCUGACUUACUUGACGAACCCAACGGUUCUGCCAUGUCGAUCAUCCCCGCCACAGAAAUAGGAUCUGAUGGUGAGGACGAGGAGCGCCCGACCACGUCUUCAUCUAACAAAGAGAACCGACGCUCAGAAGUCGCAGUCGUCGAUCGCAUCAAGCUCAAGCGUGAUUCUUCAUCCCUAUCCACAACUAGCAACAGUGGAGCGGGCUCAUCACGCCUCGCAUUCGCGGCUCCAUCAGCAUCAGGUAGCAGUGGUCUAUUCAAAGUGCCAGCGCUACUGAGACGAGCGACAACAAAUUCGCUCAUCUCAAAUUCCUCGACUAGCACGACGAGUAGUAGUAGUACCCCCACGGCUGCUGCCAGUCUAGCGGGAGGAGAUGAUGGCAAGCUCCUGAAGAAGACGGCUGGUAAGCGCUCUGGCAUCAACUACUUUGCGCGAGAGAAUGAGCGUCGGGCUACGGUAGCGGAGGCCGAGAAGAGGCGCGAGGCGAAGAAGUGGAAGGGUGUCGAGGGUAGGAGUAAAGUCGUUGGAGGUUUGUUCGGUGGUGGAAAAUUCGAGUAAGCAGAGUGAUCUUACAUUCAUAGGGCGUUACAUGGGAAGCUUUUUAGGGGAUAGGUUGCAUGGCGUUGGCGUCUCGGGUCGCUCGUUAGGUUAGGAGCGCAACCGGAUUGAUAUGACGAUGCGUACGUGCUUUCGUAUAUUGACUUAGGAGAUCAUGUUAGUGAAAUAUAUCUAACAUGAUUAAUCAUGAGAAUGCCCCUUUUUUUGUGCUUUAUUCCUAAGUCCACGUUGUUUCCCUGUGUUUAAAGCUUCUUUUAAUUCUA